GACAUUCAAUCUUCACUCAUUUCUGUUAGAACACACACAUCGUCACUCAAAUUUGUUUACGCGUUUUCAACUUAAUGCUUCCGCAGAAAUUUCCAUUACUUUGAUAAUUUCAUUUCGAUCGAUAAAAUUUCAAUUUUUUCAGUGUUUUAUUUAUUUAUUUUUUUUAUUGCCAACGAGUACUGAUAAUUUUACUAAUUAAUAAAAACGUCAAAGUGGUGAACUUCAAGGAUUCUUUUUUUGUCAACCAUAUUCCAUGAGUCCUUCACUAAAGAGACAAGCUCCAUCGCGAUGUUAUCUUGAUAAUACACCACCAUGGAUUAAUCAGGAGGAUCUCAAAGAUAUCUGUUCAACCUAUGAUGAGGUCAUUAAAAAUGAACAAGAAGGUCCCGUUGAUUUUGAACGUGCUAUCAGCUUAACUGGCUAUGGAAAAUUCAAUUAUUUGUUAUUGCUGGCUAUUCUGCCAGCUGGGUGGGCUAGUAUCUAUGGGUCCACAUCAAUGUCAUACGUUCUACCAUCAGCUGAGUGUGAUCUCAGCCUCACCAUGUUCGAUAAAGGAUUGCUCAAUUCCAUGCCAUUUGCAGGUAUGAUCGUAACUGCCUUUUUCUGGGGCUUUCUGACUGAUACAUACGGACGUAAGAAGGUAUUAACAUAUGGGUACCUUACGACUUCGAUAUUCAGCUUUGCUAGCUGCAUGUCCCAUGCCUCCUGGCUACUCAUUUUAUUCAAAUUCAUCAACGGCAUAUUGAUAUCCGGCCCUUAUGCAGCACUGAUGUCAUACCUCGCUGAGGUCCAUGGCGAGCAACAGAGGUCCAGGAUCUACAUGUGGCUGGGAGUAUUCUUCUCACUGGGACACAUAUCAAUACCAUGUUUAGCGUGGAUCAUCAUUCCUCAAGACUUUCGCAUACCAAUUUUCAAUGGCUCGAUGGAUUUCACCUCCUGGCGUAUGUUCUUAGCUCUUUGCGCUCUACCCGAAUUCAUCGCCUUUAUCGUUCUCACGUGGUUCCCGGAGUCACCUCGUUUUCUUCUCUCAAAAGGUCGUGAUGAUGAAGCGCUUGAAGUCUUUCGUUACAUCUACGCACUCAAUACCGGAAAAAAUGGAGACACGUACGCGGUGAAAUGUGUAACUGAUGAAAGUUACGUUAAAACGCAAGAGACCACUCUCCUCAACAAGUUUCAGGGAGGAUGGUUACAGAUGAAGCCACUCUUUACAUCACCCUACUCCUACAGAUUAAUCCUCAUUGGGAUGAUACAGUUUGGCGCUACCAUUGGAUCAAAUACACUGAGGCUCUGGAUGCCUCAACUGUUUGCUAUGAUCGAGACCUACGAGGCUAGUCAUCCAGUUGGAAGUGAUGAAGAAUUUCCGUCAAUCUGUGUGAUGCUUGAACAAACCAACACAACAGUUGACACUAUUAAUAAACAUAAUUUCAUUAAUAACACUAUUGAGAUGGAAAAAAUUUGCGCACCGGUUGUUCUCAACUCCACUGUAUACCUAAAUUCAAUAGUGAUUGCCGUGACUGGAGUCAUUGGAUAUGCUCUAGCUGGUUCACUCAUCAAUUGCGCUGGAAAGAAAAAAUUAAUGAUGUUCUGCUUUCUUUCUGCCGGGUUGUGCUGUGGUAUUUUGUACUGGGCUGAGAAUUCCGGUGGAAUUCUAGGUAUUUCUUCAGUAUUCGUAGCGUUAUCUAGUAUUGGUGGUGCUGCUGUUACAAAUGUUAUAGUUGAUAAUUUCCCCACUCCCUUGAGGGCUAUGGCAAUUUCAAUGAUGAUGAUGAUGGGAAGAAUAGGUGCGGUCAUUGGGAAUUUAUUGUUCCCAUUACUCUUCAAGUUGAGCUGUUUAGGGCCUUUCUUCAUGAUUGGAAUGGCUUGCUUAGUUUGUGCUAUCCUCGUGUUUUUCAUUCCCGCCAAAAAAUCUGACUUCAAGGAGUCGAUAGAGUCAGCCUAGAAUUAAAAAAUCUGUAACUCUCGUUAGUUAGAAUAACAAAUCAACAACUCACCACUUGACAAAAGUGAAUUGUAAAUAUAGCUAUACUACUGUUUUAUACGCGUAAGUCGAUCAAUUUCAUAUAUUUGCAAAUGUUAUAAUUAAUAUAUUUAUAACUCACAUUGUGUAUAUAUAGAGCAAGUAUUUUUUGUUCUAUGAAUAUCCCUAUUGAAAAUAUCGCUUUUGUUUAUAAUGAUGUUUCAUACAAAAUAGAUUUUCAAUAUAUUGAAGAUA